CACCAUUGGAGUGUGCUGUGGGUGUCAGGAGGUUUUGAAGAUAUUGUCAUGUGUCCUGCUAAUGCUCUUAUUUUUCUAUCCUCUGUAGAAACUCUACCUCCACUCCAGGGAACCCCGACCCCAGAGAAUGUUUGAGCUUUGGUGGCCAUAUGAGCUGUUGUUUUGGUCUCUCCUUUCCCUUUAUUUCUACAGGGCCAGAGCACUGAGAGAUAUCAGGUAUUGAUGUAACUGGAGUGAAUAAGGGAACCUUCUUCCUGAGCACAGACUUUGGAGCCUGUUAUCAGCAUGAACUCAUAUGUGUUAGACAAUCACGUGAAUAAUUCAUAUCCAUCCUUCACUACAGGAAGCAUCAGUUUGAUACCACAGACUCCAAACGUCUUAAACACUAAUGACUAUUCACAAACAUGGGGGAAAUCACAGCAAAUAUUUAAAGGAGAUGGAGAAUUGGCAGGAACUGGGCAGCAAUCAUUAUUAUGUACAGAGAGUAAUUUAGUCAUCAAACAAGCGGACAACAUUGAUGCCUUAUCUAGUGAAAUGAUUAUCCCAGAGGAUAAACCACACACAUUUACGGAGUACUCAAAACAUUUUAAAGAAGGGAAAAAUCUUAAGUCUAGCCAAAUGAUUCAUACAAAUAAGAAACCAUUCAAAUGUACAGAAUGUGAGAAAAGCUUCACAUGUAAUUUGCAUCUCCUUGAACACCACACAGUUCACACAGUUGUGAAACCUCACACGUGUACAGAAUGUGGGAGAUGUUUCACAUCUAAACGAGGCCUUAUGUAUCACAAAAAGACCCACACAGGGGAUAACCCUUUCACAUGUAAUGAGUGUGGGAGAUGUUUCACAUCCAAGGGAAGUCUCAUAUCUCAUGAAAAGACCCACACAGGGGAGAAACCUUUCACAUGUAAUGAGUGUGGGAAAUGUUUUACAGAAAAGAGAAUUCUGAAUACUCAUUUAAAGAGUCACACAGGAGAAAAACCUUUCACAUGUACAGAGUGUGGACAAGGAUUUACAAACAAAAGAAGUCUAAAUAUUCAUGAAAGGAUUCACACAGGAGAAAAGCCCUUUACAUGUACAGAGUGUGGAAAAUGUUUUACACUAAAGAGUAAUCUGAAAACUCAUGAAAGGAUUCACACAGGAGCAAAGCCUUUCACAUGUACAGAGUGUGGAAAAGGAUUUACACUAAAGAGUCAUCUGAAAUGUCAUAAAAGGAUUCACACAGGAGAAAAACCUUUCACAUGUACAGAGUGUGGAAAAGUAUUUACAAACAAGAGCGAUCUAAACACUCAUGAAAGGAUUCACACAGGAGAAAAGCCUUUUACAUGUACAGAGUGCGGAAAAUGUUUUACACUAAAGAGUAAUCUGAAAACUCAUGAAAGGAUUCACACAGGAGCAAAGGCUUUCUCAUGUACAGAGUGUGGAAAAGGAUUUACACAUAAAAGUCAUCUGAAAUGUCAUGAAAGGAUUCACACAGGGGAAAAACCUUUCACAUGUACAGAGUGUGGAAAAGGAUUUACAGUAAAGAGCAAUCUGAAAAUUCAUGAAAGGAGUCACACAGGAGAAAAGCCUUUCACAUGUACAGAGUGUGGAAAAAGGUUUACACAAAUAGAUAAUCUGAAAACUCAUGAAAUGAUUCACACAGGAGAAAAGCCUUUCACAUGUACAGAGUGUGGAAAAAGUUUUACACAAAUAGAUAAUCUGAAAGCUCAUGAAAGGAGUCACACAGGAGAAAAGCCUUUUACAUGUACAGAGUGUGGACAUUUUUUUACACUAAAGAGUAAUCUGGAAACUCAUGAAAGGAUUCACACAGGGGGAAAGCCUUUCACGUGUACAGAGUGUGGAAAAGGAUUUACACAUAAAAGUAAUCUGAAACGUCAUAAAAGGAUUCACACAGGAGAAAAACCUUUCACAUGUACUGAGUGUGGAAAAGGAUUUACAGUAAAGAGUAAUCUGAAAAAUCAUGAAAGGAGUCACACAGGAGAAAAACCUUUCACAUGUACAGAGUGUGGAAAAGGAUUUACAGUAAAGAGUAAUCUGAAAAUUCAUGAAAGGAUUCAUACAGGAGAAAAACCUUUCACAUGUACAGAGUGUGGAAAAAGGUUUACACAAAUAGAUCAUCUGAAAACUCAUGAAAUGAUUCACACAGGAAAAAAACCUUUUACAUGUACGGACUGCGGAAAAAGUUUUACACGAAUAGAUAAUCUGAAAACUCAUGAAAGGAGUCACACAGGAGGAAACCCUUUCACUUGUACAGAGUGUGGAAAAGGUUUUACAGUAAAGAGUGAUCUGAAAAAGCAUGAAAGGAGUCACACUGGAGAAAAACCUUUCACAUGUACAGAGUGUGAGAAAUGUUUUACACUAAAGAGUCAUCUGAAAAAUCAUGAAAUGAGUCACACAGGAGAAAAACCUUUCACGUGUUUAGAAAGUUGAAAAUGGUAUCCCAUGCCAGUCAGGUAUCACAAAAACAACAAAUAUUUACACAUAAAAUAAACUUUAUAUGCACUGUGUGGAAACCUUUUAAAAAUUAUCCUAAAGAGGACAAACUCCCUAAAUAGAAGAGUAAAAAAAGAUCAUAUUGUAAAUAAUAGUUUCUAAAUCCCAGAUACAAAAUCUCCAUAUUAGAAGUGCUCUCCUGCUGUCCUUUGUGUCUCUAUAUAUGUGCACCUCAGUUUCUCUCAUAUAAAUAAGAUAGAAUCCAAACACCACACGGGAAUAUAAAAAUCUGACCUCAUACUGACCAGUCUACACAACCAUUCAACACCAAAGCACCCCACUGUUGUUUAUUAAUACGCCAGUGUUAGGAGUUGUACGUUUGUUUUACAUAGGGGAGGAAAUAAUUAUAUUUACAGAAUAGAGUGUUAGAGAAUUAUAUAAACAAGAACAUCAGUCUCAAAUGAUUGACAUCUGGGAGAUGUAUUUAAUGUGCACAUCAUGUGGAUAAACCUUUUCUCAAAGAAAUAGAUGCUUAGCAUUGUGCAUGUUAUAUACCAGAGGAAUUACUGAGGGUAAACUGAUUUUAUUUAAUGAGACACAAUAGGCUAGAUUACAAGUGAAGCGCCCAUUAAAUUUGCCCAUUUGCGGGUGCGCAAUAAGUAAUCAGCCAUUACAAGUGGCUGAUUUUUUUUCUACCGUGAGCUUGUGGUAGCAAUUAGCGCUUAUAAAAUAAACAAGAGAUCAGAUCUCUGGUUAAUUUUAUAAAUGUCCACCAAAUGUCCCUAAAUGUAAGUGUUAGUUUUCUUCACAGACGAAAAAAACUGCAUGUUUCCAGCCUAGCUCAGCCCUUCCUGAUGCAUGAGUAAGGGCUGAGCUAGGCCCAAAACGUUGCAGUUAUUUGUUGACCCAUGUUGAAAUAUUAAUAAAGGUCUUUUAUUAUUGGAAGUGCUGGAGGACUUGUUGCUUUACAUAUGAUUUGUGACUCAGUAAGUCUCCUCCGGUCACUCUGCUAAACAAGUGCUAAAUGGCUAC